GUCACACUGUUUUUGAUGCAAAAUAAAAUAAUGACGCUGAUCGAAUCGGACUUAGGGGACGUAUAAUGGAUAAUAAUGUAGAGCAAGCAACAGCAAAGAGCCAAACAGCCGAUUCCACAACAGCGGGAGCACUAGGAGGACCAGGAGCAGGGACGCCCAGCGCGAACUCCUCGACCUUUUGGAAAAACAGCGGACGUCGGGUGCCCGGACGACCCAGUCCCAAGCGGGAGCUCGAAAAGUCCGUAGGCGCUGGGGUAGCGGGCGGACGAGGCGCUGCCCCCGGAACUGGCAUGGUGUCCACAUUCACCGAGUACCAGAAGUCGGUGAGCGAUGCCUGGGACAUGGGCGACGACGAGUUCUGCAUCAUCAGCAGCACGGAAGCGGCUGCGGCGGCGGCCGCUGGAGCCGGCGGUGAUACCGCUCGAUUUUCCCGGCAAGUGUCCCAGACAGUGGCGCUCAACGUGAUCGAGACGCACUCGCGGAGCAACCAGAACCACCACGCAUCCCGGCCAGGCAGUGAAUGUGGCGCAGAUUCAAUACUGGGCAGCAGGAGCUCAACGGACGACGGCAAGGAAGACCGCCGAUCGCUGCCGGACAGCAAUGAGAACAGAUCGCGAUUGAGGAACUAUCCAGGAAGACCGCAACUGCAGAAGAUCAGUUCGAACUGCCAGGACAGCGAGUACGAGACGAAAAUUGAGAAGUUUCAGGUGGUGCUAGACUCGCCUCAACUGGAUUUGGUGGCUCUCAAGAAGAUCAGUUGGUCUGGCGUGCCGCGAAAGAUGCGCGCGGUAAGCUGGCGACUGCUUUCCAAAUAUCUUCCGCCCUCAAGCGAACGGAGGAUGGCGGUGCUGGAGAGCAAGCGGCAGGGCUACCAGGACCUCAGGCACAACUACUUCCGGGUGGACAGCCAGGAUGAGACGCAGCAGGACACAUACCGCCAGAUCCACAUCGAUGUGCCACGCAUGAAUCCCCAGAUUCCGCUCUUCCAGCAGCAGCUCGUCCAGGAGAUGUUCGAGCGCAUUCUCUUCAUCUGGGCCAUUCGCCAUCCUGCCUCCGGCUACGUGCAGGGCAUCAACGACCUGGUCACGCCCUUCUUCAUCGUCUUUCUGCAGGAGGCCCUGACGCCGAAUACGGAUCUCGAGAAGUACGACAUGUCCACGCUGCCCGAGGAGACUCGAAACAUCAUCGAAGCGGACUCCUUUUGGUGUCUAUCUAAGUUUCUCGACUGCAUCCAGGACAACUACAUCUUUGCCCAGCUGGGCAUACAGGAAAAGGUUAACCAACUCAAGGAUCUGAUACAACGCAUUGACGUGAAUUUACACCGUCACCUACAGGCGCAUGGCGUCGACUACUUGCAAUUCUCAUUUCGCUGGAUGAACAAUCUGCUUACACGCGAGCUGCCGCUGCACUGCACCAUCCGACUGUGGGACACAUAUCUGGCGGAGUCUGACGGGUUCGCCCUGUUCCAUUUGUACGUGUGCGCGGCAUUCCUGCUCCACUGGAAGGAGCAGCUGAUGCAACAGAACGAUUUCCAGGGUCUCAUGUUGCUGCUACAAAAUCUGCCAACACACAACUGGUCCGAUCGCCAAAUCAACGUUCUGCUCGCCGAGGCAUUCCGCCUGAAGUUCACGUAUGCGGAUGCGCCAAAGCAUCUGGAGACGAAGAGUUGACAAAAGCAACACAAACAACGCAUAUACGUAACUUAGAAGUUAGUUUAAUACGAUUUGCGGAAUAUACCUACACAAUACACGUACGCUACAUACAUCUAAUAAUUAUAUACAAUUUGUUAUUUA